AUGUCUCGUCAGGAAUUAUCUUACUUCGACAUUAUGCCUCAGUGGCAAACAUCGGUUCUGUCCCAGCAAGGAACAGGUGUCAGCGAAUCUCUAAAGAGCACAAAGAUCAUCGAGGUCACAGAUAAAUCUGAUGAAGACAGCUGCUGCGAAAACGGCACUCCAGUCAUUGACAGAAAGCUUACGGCAUCUCGACAAGCACUUAAGGACAAACGUAUUACCCAGAGGGAGAUGAACAAGCUCGAGGGCCGACUCAACAGAAUCACUAUUCUUUGUUCCUCGCUGUUUUGUAUUAACAUUGCGAUAUCGGGAGUUAUUGUUUUUAAAUUGAUAAAGAGUAGUGAUUAA